GUCCUGGCGGCGCUGCUGAUUUCGCUGGUACACCUGGGCAUCGGCACCACCUACGGCUUCUCGGGCGUGAUGCUGCCCGAGCUCACCGACCGGGGCACUAGCGAUCUCUUCCUCGACGAAUCACAGGCGGCGUUUUUUAGCAGUCUGUCAGACCUUGGCGGUUUCUUUGGCUCUGUCCUCAGCAUGGCGUUGCUGAUGAGGCUUGGACACCGCGUGCUACUGCUUCUCGGUCUUCCCAUCAGCGCUUGUGCUUGGCUCGGUCUUGCAUUUGCACAAACCCCGACGAUGUUGCAGACCAUGCGAUUCAUUGUGGGUUUAACCGGAAGCUUCACCUUACCCGCCGGAAAUAUGUAUAUUCUAGAAGUUUCUCACAAGACGCUUCGUGGUCUCCUGUUUGGCUUAGUGACAACCAGUCGACAAGCGGGGGUUCUUUUCGUAUAUGCUAUAGGCAGCUUAGGGUUAGGAUGGCGCACUACAGCUCUCAUAUGUUCCGGGGUUGCCAUCCUUCCGGUCGUCGGCCUUCUGUUCUUGCCAAAUUCACCUCGGUGGCUGAUUACCCAGGGUCUUUUUACUGAGGCUCAGAAGUCACUUACCUUUUACAGAGGCGCUCUUUAUGAUUCAGAGCCCGAAAUGAAUGCCAUCAUGGACCAAGUAGGAGAAAAUGGUCCGGAAAAGAAUAGUAUAAGGGCCCAGUUAAGGAUAAUGACCGAACCAUCCACUUUGAAAACCCUCCUAUUACUUCUCUUUAUAUCUUUGCUUUACAAUUUCAGUGGUUAUAACGUGCUGAUAGCUUAUAUCGUACCAAUCUUACAAUCAGCUAGUAUUGAUAUGGAUGCUUACGUGAGUGCCAUGCUGAUCGGCGCCGUUAGGGUAGCGGGCACAGUUAUUCAUCUUACUGUGGUGGAUCGAAUGGGUCGAAAACCGUUACUAGUAUCAUCGUACGUAUCGUGUGCCCUUUGCAUAGCAUGUCUAGGAGGUUAUUUCUAUUUUCAAAGUAUUUCUGGAUACGUAAAUUACUUCGGCUGGGUCCCUCUCACCUCCCUUGUUAUUUUUGUCCUCUUCACCGGCGUGGGUCAGCCUGUAAUUUUCAUCCUACAAGGAGAACUGCUUCCUACUUCCUUCCGCGCAACUGGAGUGUCCUUAAUCCUUUGUCUCGUCUUCCUAGGGAGCUUCACAGCUAUUAGGACGUAUUCCUUGGCCUCAGCUUUUAUGGGGGAGCACGGAACAUUCUGGUUGUAUGGUGGUGUUUGUUUCGUUAUUGCUCUGGUAAGUGCUGUUAGUUUGCCAGAGACUCGAGGUCGGUCCCUUGAGGAAAUCACGCAGAGAAAGUAGGAAAACGGAUAGACGAAUCGCAUGUUUUCACUAUUUUCAUUUAAUUAGGCACUUACUGUACCGUUUAUUCCUGGUCGAUGUUUUAACAGCCUUCCGUGUACUAUACUCGCCCCAUUUCCUAUAACAAGUACAUAGUCACCAAAAACUUAUUCCCAGAUUCGAAUUCUCUCUCAUGGUUAACCAUCGCAUCAUACAUGCGCGCGAAUAUGUGUGUGCUAUUCCUAACAUAUUCAUGAGGUACAAAACUUCUCAAGGACCACAAAAACGAAAAAGACCUUAAAUAUCUUGGUAAAUGAGCCUUCCCUCCAAUUUCAUUAACUAUUUUUUGUUUAUGCAUUAAUCUUAAUUUCUCGACCAGUUCUUCUCCAUCGUCUCUGAGCUCUGACUGUCUUUAUAGGAGCGGUAAUACUAGCUUAUUAGUUCUGUGGACCACUUAUAGUAAUAUAAUUACCUGUUUUAGAAAAGUCACGGUAAUGAAAGUAUUGCUAUGGCGGUUGCUUGUUCGAUUAUGCGUCAGAAUCUUGUGUUAUUUAUCAUGUCUGCGAUCUUUCGUAUCAUCUAGGCAGCAGCUUGCCUUCACUAUAGAUAUAUCUACUGCACUUCUGUAAACGAAAUCAUCAAACCAAUAUUGUUAAGCGCGAAAUGUGACGAGAUAUAUCUACAGCGAUGAAUUAUGCAUCUACAAGACGGCAAUUUCUUCUGCUCAUUCUUCUUCAAUAAAUGAACAUUUCAUGCAGUGGUAUUUGCCAUGUCAUUAGAUUUUCGUUUUCUUUAGUAUUACUUGCAUUCAGUUUGUGAACAAUUUUUUCUCUGAUUUCAAAGGACUUGCGCUACGUGUCCAUUAAGGCUUUUUGAGUAGCAUGUUGGCUGUAAUGAAGUGGUCGAAGGAAGUUAUUUUCGCUGUUUAAUGGGUACUAAGUUUAUUCGGUGUUGUUUUUAGUGAUUAUUUUUAUUAAUGGAAAUAUUUCUGCCGCGUCAGCAUGUAAGGUCAUUAUUAGCGUAUUCAAAAUAUAGCGACAGGAUGAGGCUUGGGAGCGAAGCCCCCGGGAAAGGACUUUUUUUUUGUUUGUUUGUUUUAUUCAUAAGGCAAUAACUGUGGAAUCCCAGAAUGGUUUAUGUUUUAAAACAAAUAAAUGUGCUAGACACCAAAGGAUUGUGAUAACGAAUUGUGACGAAAAGGGCAAAAGUUAGUCACCGAUUAGGAUAAAUGAGACAGAAAAGGAUGAAGAGAAGGAAAAAGAAAGGAGGGGAAGAAAAGACCAUGCAAAAUAUGUUGAGGCGAGGUAUGAGAUCCAAGGCAGGGGUGAUCCCCUACUUUGGGCCUCAGUCCCCGUCUCCUAAACUCUCCCCCACGACAACAACGAGCGAGGGAUCAGAGCUGAAAGUUUUUUUUU